CCAUCACCCAUUGUGUGUGCUCCAACUUACACACACACAGCGAGAGAGAGAGAGAGAGUGGACAAAGACGUCAAUGGCGUCACCAGUGUUACCAUGGAAGACGAAGAUCGUCCUCAAAAUCCUCUCCGUAGUCACAGAUACCGUCUGUCGCCCUAACGGCACCGUCUACCGCCGUUUGCUCAACUUCUUAGAAAUCAAAGCUGCUGCCAACGGCAAACCUGUAAGGGGUGUCAAAACCUCCGACGUCACAGUCGACGCAACCCGGAAACUCUGGUUUCGUCUUUUCACCCCAACCGAAAUCCCUAAAGGUGGUGAAGUCAUUCCUCUCCCCGUCAUCAUCUUCUUCCACGGCGGAGGAUUCUCUCUCCUCACCGCCGAUUCCCAAGGCUACGACAAAGUCUGCCGUCAAUUCGCCGUUAAAUUCCCAGCCGUCAUUGUCUCCGUCAAUUACCGUCUCACACCAGAGCACCGCUUUCCGUCACAGUACGAAGACGGAUUCGACACUCUUAAAUUCCUCAACGAAACCGAAUUCGACACAUUUGGUUUUCCGGCGAACGCCGAUCCAUCCAAGUGCUUCCUCGCCGGCGACAGUGCCGGAGCCAACCUUGCUCACCAUGUCGCCAUCAGAGCUGGGGAAGCUGAUUUCAAGAGAGUGAAAGUGAUUGGUCAGAUAUCGAUACAGCCGUUCUUUGGCGGCGAAGAUAGGACUGAGUCGGAGAUUCGUUUGUCGACGGCGCCGCUGGUGUCGUUAUCGAGGACGGAUUGGAUGUGGAAGAUCUUCUUGCCUGAAGGGGAGAACAGAGACCAUGAAGCAGUGAAUGUGAGUGGGCCGAGGGCAAUUGAUAUAAGUAAAGUGAAUUAUCCGGCGACAAUGGUGGUAGUCGGAGGGUUUGAUCCGUUGCAGGAUAGGCAGCGGGAGUUCUACCGGUGGCUCAAGAGAAGUGGGAAAGAAGUGAAGCUGGUGGAGUAUCCAAACGGAAUUCAUGCUUUUUAUAUAUUUCCAGAAUUGCCCGAAUCUUCUCAGUUUAUGACGGUGGCCAGGGAUUUUAUCCAUGAACAAUGUGACAAGGCAUAACCAGAUAAUUAUGUUAAUUGCCUUUCUUAUGUCCCUAGCCAUCUUCUAGGAUUAAAUAAGAUAAAGGGGUUAUUAUGUAAUCUGAUUAUAUUAUAAAUAAUGAAAAUUUUAAUCUAAUUCAUUAACACAAU